GGCUACUGGCCAUGCCCUGGACCCUCUGGCCAAAGUGGUUGGAAGGCAAGGGACUGCCUCUUCUUGGAGCAGUGCUGCUGCGGAAGAGAGAAAAGGGGGAGCCACAAUGGAGCCAUUGGCGGAGGGAGACCCACCCAUACUACGACCUCCAGGUGAAGGUGCUGAGGGCCAGAAACAUCCAGAACACAGAUCUGUUGUCCAAAGCUGACUGCUAUGUCCAACUGUGGCUGCCCACAGCUUCUUUUAGCCCCACUCAGACAAGGACAGUGCCUAACUGCAGUGACCCGGAGUGGAACGAGACCUUUCACUAUCAGAUCCAUGGUGCCGUGAAGAAUGUCCUGGAGCUUACCCUCUAUGACAAGGAUUUCCUGGACAGUGACAAGAUCUCUUUACUUCUGUUUGACCUGAGUAGUCUCCAGCUAGGCCAGCCUUACACAGAAAACUUCACUCUGAACCAGCAGGGUUCAGAAGAACUGCAAGUAGAAUUUACUCUGGAGAAGAGUCAGGUGCCUGCAUCUGAAGUCAUCACCAAUGGGGUCCUGGUGGCUCACCCCUGUCUGAGAAUCCAGGGCACGCUCAAGGGAGACAAGACAGCUUCACUUAGAGAGUAUGGGUCGAGGCAGAUCCAGCUGGCAGUUCCUGGGGCCUAUGAGAAGCCACAGUUAGUGCCUCUGCAGCCGAACAUGGAGCCACCCACCUUUACCUUCCACAUGAACCCGGUGCUGAACCCGAAGCUGCACAUGGAGCUGGAAAAAAAGCCCCUCGUUUUACAGAGUGGUCCAAGUGGUAAGCUGGAGGCCCAGGCCAGCAAGGAGGACAAGGCAGGCAUCCCGCUCUCCUCUCUGCCCCUCGGCCAGGAGGAACAGCACUUUGUAGUCCUGGAGGAGGGCCAGGAGGUGACUCUGAGUGUGACAGCAGAAGUCAGCAGCUCUGGGGACUUAGACCUGCGCCUUGGCUUCGAGCUCUGUGAUGGGGAGCUGGAAUUUCUGCACAAAAGGAAGCAAGUCGCAUCCAAGGCCCUGCAGCAGGUGAUGGGACUGAGCAAGACUCCACACUGUGAUCAGGUGCCUGUGGUAGCCGUGAUAGGUUCUGGGGGUGGAACCAGAGCCAUGACUUCUCUGUACGGCAGCCUGGCCGGGCUGCAGGAGCUUGGCCUUCUGGAUGCUGUGACUUACCUGAGUGGGGUGUCUGGGUCUACCUGGUGCAUCUCUACACUCUUCAAGGAUGCAUCCUGGUCCCAGAAGUCUUUGCAGGGUCCCAUUGAGCAUGCCUCGGCUCGAGUCUGCAGCAGUAAGAUAGGGUUGCUGUCCCCGGAGCAGCUGCAGUACUACUCCCGGGAAAAGGCUGUCUGGGAGAGCAGAGGCCACAGCAUGUCCUUCACUGACUUCUGGGGCCUCAUCAUUGAGUAUUUCCUGAACCAGACAGAAAACCCUGCCAAGCUGUCAGACCAGCAAGAAAUAGUCAGCCAGGGUCAGAACCCUUAUCCCAUCUAUGCCAGUGUCAAUGUCCACACAAACAUCAGUGGGGAAGACUUUGCAGAGUGGUGCGAGUUCACCCCCUAUGAGGUUGGUUUCCCCAAGUAUGGGGCUUAUGUUCCCACCAAACUCUUCGGCUCUGAGUUCUUCAUGGGCCGGCUGCUGCACCUCUGGCCAGAGCCCCGCAUCUGUUACUUGCAGGGGAUGUGGGGCAGUGCUUUCGCAGCCAGCCUGUAUGAGAUCUUCCUGAAGACGGGAGGCUCAGGUCUCGGCUUUCUGGACCGGCACAGAGGCAGUGUAAAUGUCACAGAUGACUGCCCAAAUUCUCGGCUGAAGGACCCCACACGGCUGCCUACCAGGCUCUUCAUCCCACAGAGUCCCUUCUCUCAGGCUGUACUGGACAUUUUCACCUCUCGCUUUACUUGUGCCCAGAACUUCAACUUCACCCGAGGUCUCUGCCUGUAUAAGGACUACGUGGCUAGCAGAAACUUUGUGGCCUGGAAAGACAGACACCCUGAUGCCCGCCCCAGUCAGCUCACACCCAUGAAGGAGUGCCUGUCCCUAGUAGACGGAGGCUUUGCCAUCAACUCACCAUUUCCACUGAUCCUGCAGCCCCAACGGGCUGUGGACCUCAUUGUGUCCUUUGACUAUUCCUUGGAAGCUCCCUUUGAGGUCUUGCAGAUGACGGAGAAAUACUGCCUGGACCGAGGGAUCCCCUUCCCCAAGAUUGAGGUGGGCCCCCAGGACUUUGAGGACCCCCGUGAGUGCUAUCUGUUCACCAAGGCAGAGGACCCCUGCUCGCCCAUCGUGCUGCAUUUCCCCCUUGUCAACAGGACCUUUCGCACAUAUCUGGCCCCAGGUGUGGAACGACAAACUGAUGAGGAGAAGGCUUUUGGGGACUUUACCAUCAACAGGGCAGAUACCCCCUAUGGAAUGCUGGACUUCACCUACGAGCCCAGGGAGUUUGAUCGAUUGGUGACCCUGAGUCGCUACAACGUCCUGAACAACAUGGAGACUAUCAGGCAUGCCCUCCAGCUGGCUCUGGACCGGCGGCGACAGGCUGGAGUAAGGGUUGGGGGCUGACCAGACGAGAGUCAGAGGACCAUGGUAGAGAUGUGAUGGAGGACCCUAGG